GUAUCGGACAGAAGACUGUUAUUGACCAACAAUUUCCUGCGUUAGUAGGGCUCGCCUGAUAGCAGACUUAUUGUUACAUUUUAUCCGACUUAAUAGUUAGUUUUUGCACUCCUAUUGGUCGAGUCGCUUGUUAAACCGGCGACUUGAUCCCGACAAUCCGAGUUUUGAGUGCACUUAGGUCGAAAGGGAUGCCGCCAAAGACACACUCCGACGGGCGCAAGCAGUCACUGGAUGUCAUCUCGUCGCAUUUAAUCGGAAAGAGUAGUUUUUCUAUAAACUUAAAGAGCCUCCGAGCAGCGCAGCCUCCACCGAGUGUAUGUGGAACAAUUGUUCACUAAGAACCGGAAAUAAUAAGACAGCUAGCUUAGCAUUAGCGGCGACGUCUCUGGAGCGAGCAAACAAGCCGAGAGGGAGAAGGUCAGAGCGAUACUUUGUGGAAGUUCAUCUGCUUCUGUGCGGGAAUAUUCUUUAACGACUGCAAUGAAGCUGCUGGAAAACUCCAGUUUUGAAGCCCUCAGCUCGCGUUUGUGUGCAGAAACAGGAGAGUCUCGCAUUCUUGGCAGGAUCGAGAGCUACUCCUGCAAGAUGGCGGGAGAUGACAAACACAUGUUCAAGCAGUUCUGCCAGGAGGGGGAGCCUCACAUCCUGGAGGCUCUGUCCCCGCCUCAGUCCACCGGUACCACCAGCCCCUCUCAGCUGGCUAAAAGCAGCGAGGACGGGGAGAACCCCCUGAGCGACAAGUGCUGCAGGAAGACUCUCUUCUACCUCAUCGCCACGCUCAACGAGUCCUUCAGGCCCGACUACGACUUCAGUGCGGCGCGGGCCCAUGAGUUCAGCCGGGAGCCCAGCCUCAACUGGGUGGCCAACGCUGUAAACAGCAGCUUGUUCUCCGCUGUGGGAGACUUCAACUCUGUGGGCCCUGAGCUGUGGAGCGCUAUAGACCAGGAGAUCAACCUGCACGCCUGUGACAUCUACAGCUACAAUCCUGACCUGGACUCGGACCCUUUUGGAGAAGAGGGGAGCCUCUGGUCCUUCAACUACUUCUUCUACAACAAGAAGCUGAAGAGGAUCGUCUUCCUUACGUGUCGCUCGGUCAGCGUCUUGAGCGCUUACGGCUGUGACAGUCUGGACAACGAGCUGGACAUGGAGCUGGAGGACGACGACGAGAUGGACGCUUUAACAGAGGACAGGUGUCCUCGGGCUCUGUGUGUGUGAGAACAAAACCGCUUUUCCUGCUCGUCCUGUCACUCGUUUUUGUUGGAAGUCAUCUAAAGACUGAUGCAUGUUUUCUCACUGGCUUUAUUUGAUGUCAUAAGCAGGACGCUGCCGUAGUCUCCAAAGAGACCAUGAUGGUGGUGGUGGGUGUGACGUGCCCGCACCAGCGUUAACUUGGGAAGCUGAGUUUAACCUUGUGACGCAUUUUCAUGACAAACUUGUCAAUUGCUAAAUUUCCUGUGAAAAAGCUAACAUUGACCUUCCCUGUCGGUCGCAAAAAUAUUGCCAGUUUUUACUGAUUGUCUUUUCUUCAAAAGUGAAUGUAUAGUACAACUUUAGACUGUCCUGUGUGUUGAAUAUAUUGCAGAUGUGAAUAAAAAGCAUUGGUUAUGAUGAUAAAGCAUAGAAGAAAACCAUUUAAUGAAACAUGUUAACAUGUAACACGGUACCUGAGCCAGUCAAAGGUGGUUAAGGCUGAGCUUUCCUGUGCACCAGGCCAUGACUCAAAUACUGACGUCUUUUCACUUUGCUAGAAAAGUGGGAAAUAAUGCACACAUGCAAGAGCACCAUUUAUCUUUAAAAAGAAAAACAAACAUGAAAAUACUGUCAUUAAAAAUGAUCCUCACGCCCGUGAAGGCAGAGCAUAAACAGAACGCUAAAAGUCUGACAUGAGCAAGAGGAGAUUCCAGUUUGACGGCAUUUGGGCGACAAAGCGUGACGGGGGUCACGUAGCUUAUGAUGAGUGUGUAACACGCUGUGCAAUGACAAACAUCCUCUUCAUUACUCCAAUACUCACCAUGCCUUUUGUUUGACCCUGAAUGUUUGUUCAAAAUGAAAACUGCCUCCAUGUGGUGAACGUCUU